CGGCGGGCGGGCGGACCUUGAGCUGCAGUUGUCUUAAAGGUGGUGUAAUAGAAGCUAGCCUAUUGAAGAAGUUUGUCCAAGACUGUAUUUCACAUUGGAAGCAAAACCUGGAGACAAAAUAUUUUCAAACUUUAAGCAGUUUUGAUGGCAGAAAAAAGAAGGUCAUACGGGGAAGCAAUGGAGGAACUCAUGGGACCUGACAGACAAAAAUGGGCCAAUAUGGAUCCAGAAGAACGAAUGUUGGCAGCUGCUACAGCUUUUACCCGUAUCUGUGCAGGGCAGGGUGAGGGAGAUGUCAGGAGAGAAGCCCAGUCUAUCCAAUAUGAUCCCUACAGUAAAGCUUCAGUAACCCCAGGGAAGCGACCUGCUCUUCCUGUGCAACUGCAGUACCCACACAUAAAAACUAAUGUUACUUCAGAAAUAGUCUCAGAGACAUCCCAAAGACUCCGAAAGCCAGUGAUGAAGAGAAAGGUGCUGCGUAGAAAGCCAGGUGGGGAAGUGUUGGUGACAGAUGAGUCCAUUAUCAGUGAAUCAGAAUCUGGUACAGAAAGUGAUCCAGAUCUCUGGGACUUAAGACAGAGGCUGAUGAAUCUGCAGGUCCAAGAAGACAAGGAAUCCACAGCUGAUAGUACACAAAAAUUUAAUCUACCACAUGAAAACCAAGGAAUUUCUCAAGAUCAGCUCAUUUGCUAUUUACGAAGAGAAGGAAUGGGCCCUCCAGCUUAUGAACAAGACCUAAUUGUUGCCAGCAGACCCAAGUCCUUUAUUCUCCCAAGGCUGGACCAGUUAAGCCGUAACCGUGGUAAGGUAGACCGGGUAGCCCGAUACUUUGAGUAUAAACGGGACUGGGACUCAAUGCGGUUACCUGGUGAAGAUCAUAGAAAAGAACUACGCUGGGGUGUCCGAGAGCAGAUGCUUUGUCGACCAGAACCCCAAUCCAAACCUCAGCACAUGUAUGUUCCAAACAAUUACCUAGUACCAACUGAGAAGAAAAGAUCUGCACUCCGCUGGGAUAUUCGCUGUGACCUUGCAAAUGGUGUCAUGCCCAGCAAACUUCCCUUCCCUCUUUCACCUUCUUAACCUCCCCCCUUUUACAGAACUGUUUGGGAUAACCUAGUUCUUUUCCUCUCUCCCUUUUAAUAGAAAAAAACUGACUUGACAAGCCCAUACUGGUCUUCUUGAGCUAUGUAGCACAUCAACAUCAGAUACUACUUUACUCCCAAAUUAACUACUCAAAUUGAGCAAUUGUGAGAGAAAUCAUGCCAGAGAAAGAUGAGUAGUCUUUCUGUUUUGCCAAAUUAAUAAGCUCCAUUUCUAUUCUAUAACAUAUUUAUCUUUGGCCAAUAUGAGUUGCUGUGUUUUAAUGUGUUUUUAAAGUUAUGGGCAUUUAGGUUAUCAAUUAAAGA